AUUGAGGGGAAAAAUCCGGAAUAUGUAUUCCGAAUCGCAGUGUCAGUUGGUUUUUUUUCACUGUCAACACGCCACUGAAGAAAAAUUUUGUGAAGUGAAUCAUGGAGUAGAGAAAUAAUCCACCAGAAUUAUCCCAUUAGUCAAUGAAUUGUGUGUAAGUUGCAGUGAGACAGUGCUGUGGCGUGGUUAAAAAAAAUAAAUAAAUUAUGAAUAUUGUGCGGAAUAUUUGCGAUACCUUCUGGUCGCCAGGCAUUUGGCUUCCACCGAAUGUUACUUGGGCUGACAUUGCACCCGGAGCACGGCCGGACGUAAAUUAUGCCGACUAUACGCACCUCAUCUACGGUCUCCCACUGGCCCUGGUGGUCCUCAGCAUCCGCUACACCCUCGAGAGAUUCUGGCUGGCUCCAAUUGGAAAGUCCUUGGGGAUCAAGAGUUCACGUCCCAAGCGGGCAGCUAAUAUCCCAGACCUGGAAGAAGCCUAUUCCCAAUGCAGUCGAAUAAAGCACAAAACUGUUGUGACCCUGUCGAAGAAGCUGGAUAUGUCAGAGAGGCAAAUUGAACGAUGGUGGAGGCACAGAAGGGCUCAGGAUAAGCCUUCGACUUUGGUGAAAUUCUGCGAGAAUUCCUGGCGAUGCAUCUACUACACCUACAGCUUCAUCUACGGGAUUGUGGUGCUCUGGAACAAGCCGUGGCUGUGGAAUAUCAACAACUGCUGGUAUGACUAUCCACAUCAGUCUGUGGACAAUGAUAUUUGGUGGUACUACAUGAUCUCUAUGGCCUUCUACUGGUCACUGACCAUCUCUCAGUUUCGCGAUGUGAAGCGAAAAGAUUUCUGGCAAAUGUUCGUUCAUCACAUGGUGACACUCCUUCUGCUGUCCCUCAGCUGGGUCUGCAAUAUGCAUAGGGUAGGGUCACUGGUUCUGGCUGUUCACGAUUGUGCUGAUAUUUUCCUGGAGGCGGCCAAACUCACCAAGUAUGCUAGCUACCAAAAAGUCUGCGAUGCUAUUUUUGCCAUCUUCACUGUGGUCUGGAUUGUCACUCGAUUGGGAUUCUUCCCACGAAUUCUCUACAAUACAUCUGUUGAGGCUCCACAGAUUCUCCCAAUGUUCCCUGCUUACUACAUUUUCAACAGUCUUCUCUGUCUUCUACUAAUUCUCCAUGUGGUUUGGACCUAUCUGAUCCUCCAGAUUGCCUACAGGGCUGUCCAGUCUGGGCAAAUGGAGGGUGACAUAAGGUCCAGUUCCAGCGAUUACUCCGAGAGUUCGGAAAAUAUGACACCAGUGCAGAAUGGUACACCUAUUUUUAAGGCAAAAGCACCAAAGUCUCCGAACACUUCCAAGAAAACCGAUGAGAAGUUAGUCACAGGUUAGGAAAUAGUAAAUACGGAAAGAAAACAUGUGUCUUACAGCACCCAACACACAAUUCACCGCUAAAGUUAGAAAAAGCCUGAGAGAGAUUGAGUUAGAAGAGUGAAGUGCAUGUGGAUUUAUUUAAGCAGACAAUCGCCUUUAAUGUGCAUUUUUUGAGAAUUAUAGAUGGAAAUUAUUAGGACAAGAUAACAAAAAAAAAAUGGAAAACGCCUCACAAAAAAAAGAUGCAUAUACUCUUACACCAUUUUUCUUCAAAUUUAUUCGUCUACAAUUUCUUUGUUGGCCAUUCCAUACUAUUUAAUGAAAUUUUUCAAAUAAAAAUCCAAAAAAAAAAUCCUUGAAGUUGAUACCUUUCCGAGAUAUUAUUGGGGAAACAUCACCAAAAAGAAAAGUUCUACUGAGAAUUGAUUAAAAGUCGCUAGAUUUUCUUACUGAUUAAAUGUAUAUUCCAUAAAGAAAUUGCAGAACAAAAAAUAUUAAAAAUACUGUACCAAGAGGAAAAAAAUGUAUAAAAAAUAAAAAAGUACGUAAGAAAAAA